AUCUCCACUCUCUCCUUGCUCUCCUUCUCAUCCCUGUUGCUCCUCUUCUCUUCUCAUACUCUUCAUUCUAUUCUUUGCAUCAUCCCAUAACCACCAUGACUACCCGCUACCGCGUCGAAUACGCCCUCAAGUCCCACCGACGAGAUCAACUCAUCGAAUGGAUCAAAGGCCUCCUGGCCGUCCCCUUUGUCCUCCACUCGCAACCAACAGCCCUCGAUCUCACCCAGGGCGGCGAAUCCCUGACCGUCGUCGCCGCCGACACCCACUACCGCUAUGCGGAGAUCUUCCGCGACGUCGAACAGCUCAUCCACGACCAUUCCCACCACACCCGCAUUGGCGCCCCCGGUAAAUCCAAACUCAAGCUGCUGGUCCCCACCAUCGGCUCCUUCUUCACCCCCCUGCACCUCGAAGACGCCUUCACGCGGCAGGACCGCGCCCGCGUCAUCAGCCGCCGCCGCUUCGUCGCCCCCUCCUUCAACGACGUCCGUCUUAUUCUCAACACCGCCCAGUUGCUGGGCCUCGUACGCGCCCACAAUGGACCCGACCUCGUCACCUUCGACGGUGACGUCACCCUCUACGACGACGGCGCCAAUCUGACCCCGGACAACCCUACCCUCCCUCGCAUUCUGCGUCUGCUGCGUCAGGGACGUCGCGUUGGCAUCGUCACGGCUGCUGGUUAUACCGAAGCCGCUAAGUACUAUGAGCGGUUGCACGGUCUCCUCGAUGCCGUGCGCGACCUCCCCGCUGAGCAGCAGGCUGGCUUGGUUGUCAUGGGCGGCGAGAGCAACUUUCUCUUCCGGUUUGACGCCGCCUCCCCGUACCGUCUGUCGUACGUACCCCGCGAGGAGUGGCUACUACCGGAGAUGACCGCCUGGCACGAUGACGAUAUCACGGGCCUGCUGGAUCUGGCCGAAACGUCCUUGCGCGCUGUUGCCGCGAACCUGCAGCUACCCGUCGCCGUGCUGCGCAAGGACCGCGCUGUGGGUGUGUAUCCCGUUGAUCGGGCUAAGAUCGCCCGUGAGCAGCUCGAGGAGACUGUCUUAGUCGUGCAGAACACGCUGGAGCGGACAGCCGUAGGCGCCCGUCUUCCGUUUUGUGCAUUCAAUGGCGGCAACGACGUCUUCGUCGACAUCGGCGACAAAUCCUGGGGCGUGCGCGCCUGCCAGCGCUACUUUGGGGGGAUUGGGGCUUCGCAUACAUUGCAUGUUGGUGAUCAGUUCCUCUCUGCUGGUGCCAAUGAUUUCAAGGCCCGUCUCGCAUCCACAACCUCGUGGAUCGCCAGUCCCGCCGAAACGGUCUCCCUCCUAGACGAGCUAGACGCGAUCGAGCAGAAUGUUGCUGCUGGAGGGAAUGGGGUGUGAUGGAUAUACAUGAACAUGAUAGCAUAGUAUAGCAUAGGAAAUAAAGAACAUUGCAUUCAGGGU